CGUUAAUACAGUUUGCUCAUGUCACUGACCUGCGGUUCAACUAAAGCACCAUUAUCGCAUUCUAUGUCAAGAAUCGACGCGCCAUGUGGGUGACGAAUAUCAUCACAAUAUACGUGUACCUAGUGAGCUUAACAUCAGUAACAGUAUUUAUGCAAACGUGGAAUCACGGUCCCUCUGAUGUCCAGAAACAUGAAGGUGAUAAUGUUACACUAGAAUGUCAACUUGAUGGCGAGGUAGCUGAAGGACUUGAACCGAGAUGGGAGAGGAGAUUACCCGGCGAAACAGUUCCAAUUGUUAUAGCCACUAAGCGUGAUGGUUGUGAUCUUGAUAACUGUGAAUAUCUUAUUGAUAAUACCAUCAACACGUAUUAUUUAGUAUUGACUGAUGUGAAGCUGGAAGACCAAGGCGAAUACUGGUGCUCUGUAUUGAAUCUAGACCCGCAAUAUCUUAAGGCGAAUUUGGGUGUGUGGGUUCUACCUUCUGAAGUGUCGAUUGACCAUGAGGAGACUGUAAUUACACUAGAAAUGCCCAAAUCGUGUGAAAGCAUAAUAGUUAACAGGACAUGUGUUGUUGAUGAUGUCGCCCCAGAAGCAUCCCUAACGUGGACGUAUAACAUAUCGUCUGAUGUACGAUCAACAAUAGAAGGCGAGCUGGACUAUGACUUUGAGUCCGGUACCGUUGAUGACAUUUCACCAAGCGUAAAUUACAACGUUGAGGUAGUAAGGCAGUCAAAGGAGACAAAUGGUCGAUAUAAAAGCAAGAGCACACUUAUAGUGACGUUCACAGCUGCCGGGGAUGGAAAACUAGAAGAAAACUUGAGAAUAGAUGUCAAAUGCAAAUCGAAGCAAGUGGCUCUAGUUGGACCUGAUGGUGAGAGACAAAGCAAACCAAUACAAGUUUCGGUUGUUGAAUCUGUAGAUUCGGAUAGUGGAGCAGGAAAUAACGCCAUCGUUGUAAUCCUGGGUGUUCUUUUUGCCAUUUCGUUAGCUGGUAAUGUUGUAGGAAUUAUUUUAUAUAAACGUCUGCAGAAUAGACCCUUUAAACAUGCUCCUGUACAACUUUAAUUGUUCGAGGGAACUGUCCAAUCGAGAAUCUGCUUGGCACCUUCCUGCUCAUUAUCAUACAUGAUGUUAUACUCAUCAUUCGGGUUGAACAACUAGUCAGCAGGAUUCAUAUCUCUUGGUCAAAUCGUACACAGUAUUUAAGUUUCAACCGUUUAAACUCAUGUAUGUAAGGCUUAAAAUCUUAUCCAUAACACUCUGUCAUGUGUAGAUAAUGUGUAGAAUAGUCUAUUAUAAUGUACUAGCUGGAAAAUAUCUGUUUUUGUUUAUUAUGUAGAAAAUAUCUUUUCUGAUAUUUUGCUGUAUUCUGUGCAACA